AUGUUGGACACCUUCGUCCCUUCCCUACAGGACCUGGGCAGGAAUGUGUUGCCCACGCUGCCCUUGCUGAGCCAGGACGAGGUCUCUAAUAUUUGGGAGCAUGUAUCAGAAUUUGUGGAACGACAGCUAUCCCUACACAAGGGGGUUCAGAUUCCAGGACUUGGAACUUUUACCUUCAUGAGGCAAAAACUUGAGGUGGGAAACAACAAGUUUAUUCUGUUUCAGAGGCCCGUAUUUAUCAUGGCGGAGAAGUUAGUACAGCUGCACAGACUCAAACAAAACAAAGUGUAUACUCCUGGUGAUAUCCCAAUUGUUCCACUUAAUUUUGCGAUGAUAUCCCUGCAGGGUUCAUUUAACAGGGAUACAGUGGAAGGAUGUGUGAAGGAGACGUUGCUUUUUUUAUCACGAUCCAUUUCCAUCAAACAAAGUGUGGAGUUUACAUUCAAAGGAAUCGGGGUCCUCGUGAUCAGAGACGGCAGGGUGAAGAUGAGAUUUUUGAAGGACUUCCUUUUUAAAAUGGAUGGAAGUGGUGCUCUGGCAAAAGCACUAGCAAAUAGGCCUGGCACAGUGGACUCGGUGUUAUCGAGCAGAGAGAACUUCAAGGGACAGACUAGCAAUGUGCUUGCAUUUCCGAGGAUUGAGCUUAAGGAGAUGGAGAACAAACCACCUAUGGAGACCAUUGUAGAAGAAGGUGGAAAGAAUGAGCCAAGAAAGUGCGAGUUAAAAGACGGGAGAGACAAAGGAGGUGUCAGAGAGAUCUUAUCACCCAAGAAACUUACAGAUAGAAAAGCUGUCUCCUCUGACGAAGUGAAAGGCAUCAACUUGCCAAAUAAGUUCGAGCAGAGUGGGAGACAGGAGAAGAAUAGGACCCCUGAAAGCGUUUCAUUUUCAAGGUGUCUGAAAAAUGGCAAUGAAAUGAAACCUAAAAUUUCUCCAGCCACCGCUUGCCAGGAUCAUAAUAGGGCAGGACAGGAGAUGUGUUACGUAUGUUUGCAACGAGCACAACGAAAUUCCCCAUUGUACUACAGUGAGGAGAGAAAGAGGAGAGAGGAGGAAGAUGAGCGACUCCUACAGCAGUAUCAGAUGUUGAAAGACCAAGAGACUUUUGUCAAACACCAGUUGAGAAGUCUGGCUACUAGAGAACAGAAUCAAAAAAAUGCUGCCUAUAAUCUUGGAGUUGCUGAAGCUGUGAGGAUCCAGAAGAAUGAGAAACCUGAAUUUUACAAAUCCUUCCUAUUUGAUAAACGGCCAUUUAGUCCUGAGAUUAAGGCUUUAAAGCAAGAGAAAUAUUUCCAAAGUCUCCUGAAACAAAUGGAUAAUAGACGGGAAAAGGAAAUACAACAAAGAGAAAACAAAGAGUUGAUGGAACGCCUAGAACAAGUGCAACUCACAGAGGAACUUGCUGCACAAAGAGCCAAGUAUAUACAAGAUAAGAUGGAAGAAACAGAGUGUUACAAGAGAGCUUUGAGUGCACAGAUAAAGAACAAAUUCCCCCAGCUGCCCAUCUAUGAGCCAGACUCUUCUGAGCCCAUCUUUGGUAGGGAUGACGAUGAGCUGGAGGUGGUAGAAAAGCGGGAGCGGGAGCAGCAUUACAUGAAGCACCAGCUGGAGGCAGCUGCUUGCCGCAAGAGGAAGGCCAUCCUCAGCCAACUGGUGGACCAAAAGCGGGACCUGCAGAUGCUUCAGAAGACGAAAAAAGAGCACCUGGCAGACAGAAAUGCAGAGAUGGAGCGAGUGAACAGAAUGAACCAAAACUUGCAGGAGGACUGGGAGCGGAGUGCUGAAAUGAAGAGGCAGCGGGACCUGGAGGAGAAGGCUUUCGAGCGGGCCUCAGACAAGCUCUUCCUCCUGGACCAGUGUGAGAGGUAUCCGCGCUGCAGGCAGUGCCAGCGCUGCACCUCCAACGUGGGCAACAGCAACCUGUGGCUGCUGAACAAGCACCUGCGUGGCUCCCGGUUGUUUGUGUAA